AACAGGAUCAAUUCUGCCAACGAACCUAGAACCCGUCGUCCAUGACAAGGGCUUAUUCCAUCCCGCCUCGCCUAAUCUGGAGUCCUCAACUGCUUCUAUGUGGGGAGUUUAGUCUGGUGCUCUCCUCCUUCGCAGACACGAGCAAAGUUGACAAUAGAAACACUUCGGGACAUCGUUCGUUUCUCAUCAUGCUUCCGAUUGAAAAUAAUGAAAAUUCCCACGCUGGCACACCGCUGGACCAAGACGCGAAUGGCGGAUACGAUGAAGAAACCGCUCUGAGGCAUGCUAUUUCGUUGUCUCUUCAAGACGUAGGUCUUGCACCAGACACCCAUGACGCAACAGUAGACCGCCAGGCGCCUGGUACCACUCUCCCGUCUACCGACUUUGGCGGUGUGCGACUGGACAGGAGAAAGAUGGAAGAAGAGCGUCUUGCGAGACAGCGGAAGAGGACAGCUGACGAAGCUGGAAUGAGUUGCUCCCCCCCCCGGCCGAAGCCCGCGAUACACAAACCCUCGCCGCCCAGGGAGAGCCGGGGCACGAGACUCGCAACAGCGCAUAUUCCUCAAGUGUCCAAACACGAUGCCACGCUACCCUUCGCACGUGGGGUCGUGAAAAGAACUCGGGUUGCUGGUCUCACAAGAGGAACUGACGAUAUCACACUCGAAGAAAUACUCGAUAAAGAACGUCUGGAGAUGGCUGUCCUGACGUCCUUCCAAUGGGAUGAACAGUGGCUCUUGUCCAAGAUAGACCCUGUCAGAACUCGUAUGGUUCUCAUCGCAUAUGCAAGCAGCGAAGCCCAGAAGCAAUCGAUGCAGAACAACGUGCCAUCCGAUUGUAUCAGGUUUUGUUUUCCCCCAAUGGGUACUAUGGGUCAUCUGCACUCCAAACUGCAGAUAUUAAAGUUCGAGAGUCACCUUCGUAUCGUCAUCCCAACUGGCAAUCUUGUUCCGUAUGACUGGGGGGAGAGCGGUGAGCUCGAAAAUAUGGUAUUCCUCAUUGACCUUCCUCGGCUUGGGGGUGCCGAAACUGUCGAGAUCGCCGAAACAUGUUUUCAAACCGAGCUGCUGCGUUUCUUGAGAGCACAAAAUCUCGACGAGAACAUCGUUAAAAGUAUUGGAAAAUAUGACUUCGCCGAGACGACUCGGUACCGCUUUGUUCACACCAUUGCCGGAAGUCAUUCUGGCUCCGAUCAGCCCUGGCAACAUACGGGCUAUUGCGGUCUCGGAAAGGCUGUCACCUCCCUGGGGUUGGCCACGGAAAGACCCGUUAUCGUGGAUUAUGUGACCUCAUCUUUAGGGUCUCUGAAUCACUCGUAUCUUGAAUCAAUUUAUAAUGCUUGCCAAGGCGACACCGGUAUGAAGGAGUACGAAGCUAGACAGCCCAUGUCCAGGAGGCGCAAGGGGGAAGAGAACAGCGCGGGACACCAAGACGAGGAUUCUUCCCCCUUGGCCGACCUUUUCCGGAUAUACUUUCCUACAGAGUCCACCAUCGCUAGCAGCCGUGGCGGCAGAUCAGCUUCUGGCACAAUCUGCUUCCAGGAGAAGUGGUGGAAGUCGUCUACUUUUCCCCGCGAGUCAAUGCGAGAUUCAGUAUGCACAAAGAGAGGAGUCCUGAUGCACACCAAACUGAUACUCGUGAGAGGGCGAGAACAUGAAAGAAAGGCUGGCAGUCCAGCCUGGGCUUAUAUCGGCAGUGCAAACCUCUCGGAGAGCGCAUGGGGUCGGUUGGUGAAAGAUCGGGGUUCAGGUCAAGUAAAACUCAACUGUCGCAACUGGGAAUGUGGUGUUCUGGUCCCUGCCACUUCCAGGGGAGAGUCAGGUAUCGAGAAAGGCGACCCUAUUGGGCUUCAUACGUUCACCGGGACGGUGCCCGUCCCAAUGCAGACGCCGGCAGCAGCCUACGGGGCAAGCAGCAGGCCGUGGUUCUUUUCACGGUGAUUGGUAUACCGGUCGGAUUUAACCCAUGGGUCAUGUAUUUUAGAGUACUAAUAUGUCAG